UCCUGAGCACCUCCCCGGUUGUACGGCCCAAACGAGGAUUUUCACGAAAACAAUCAACCGCAGACUUGGUACCAGUGGCAGCGGGAACGGUGCUACGACGAACGGGACCCGACGUAACGGAUCCAACGGUGUGACAGCCGAGUGGAUGGCGUGCGUAAAGUUGGAUAACGGUGUUCGGCCUUGACGAGAGACGUUAGACGCGUUCAAUAGAUUUCACGGCAAUGCAUGCGGUGUCACUUGUUCUGCAGAAAGACGGAGAGAGAGCGGCCAAAGUGGAGUCGCUCCCUCGGUAGAGCCGCCCGAUGGAGGCUGACGGGACAGUGAGCUCGAGGCCCGGAAUGUCACCUGUGAAACGUCAACAGCUCGUCGGGGGACGUCUUUAAGGGACAGACCGCGCACACCUGUCCGCGCUUUCGACUACUCACCUGACAACUUCUUAGUACGCCUGCACACAGAAAACAAAAGUUAGCAGGUCAGCGUUAGCUGCGGGAGGCGACCCCCUCAGGCAAGAUGGCUAUCAUAGAUGUCACUUAACGGGAGGUUUGACUUCUGCCUCAGGUAACACGGGACAGGUGAACAACACGCUAUUUCCUAUUUCAUGGACUUCAAGCUUCUUUCUUAGAAAGUUGUCCUGUGAUAUUUCACCAGCAGCAAGUUGACUUUGUGUUGCGAUCAUUUAGCGUUUUUUUUUUGUUUUUUUUGUUUUUCAAACCAGAACUUUUUGGUAUUUUUGUUUUAUUUUUUUUUGUCUCAUCAAGUGUCGCCUUCUCCGUCAGUCAUGUCAUUCAAAGACAAUCCUUGUCGGAAGUUUCAAGCCAACAUAUUCAACAAGAGUAAAUGCCAGAACUGCUUCAAGCCCAGAGAAUCCCAUUUGCUGAACGAUGAAGACUUAAAUCAGGCCAAGCCUAUAUAUGGAGGAUGGUUGCUGCUGGCACCAGAGGGGACAAAUUUUGACAAUCCCUUACACAGAUCUCGGAAAUGGCAGAGGAGGUUCUUCAUUCUUUACGAGCACGGCUUACUGCGCUAUGCCCUGGACGAAAUGCCCAGCACUCUACCUCAGGGUACAAUCAAUAUGAACCAGUGCUCCGACGUCAUCGAUGGAGAGUCCAGGACGGGUCAGAAGAACUCUCUUUGCAUCCUGACCCCCGACAAAGAGCACUUCAUACGGGCUGAGUGUAAAGAAAUUAUCAACGGGUGGCAGGAGGCUCUGACUGUAUACCCGCGGACCAACAAGCAGAACCAGAAGAAAAAACGCAAGGUCGAUCCACCCACUCAGCAGGGUGGAGAAACUGCAAGCCAGUGUUUUUCCACUGCAGACAUGAACGGACACCCAGAGCCCGGCCCUGCCAAGGUGACGGUGACCAGCAGCAGUGGAGGAAGCAUCCCUUGCCUGCCCAGCAGCAUCGCCAGUGCUGAGCGUGUCCCGAUGAGCCGUGCCACUCUGUGGCAGGAGGAGAACCGCUGGAGCAGGGCCACCAUCCCCUGCAGCCGCAGUGCCUCCUGUCUAAGCCAGCUGAGCCAGAGCCAACCAGACUCCAGUAUCACUACUCAAGAUGAUGGCGGCACCAUGAGCACCGGACGCAAGGUACGAGUGGAGAGUGGUUACUUUUCCCUGGAGAAGACCAAGUCGGAGCCUUCGCCACAGUCUCAGCCGCCCCAGCCACCCCAGCAUCUGCCCUUGUCCUCUUCAGCAUCAUCCUCCUCUUUAGGAGCUCUCAGUCCCAGGUACAACUCUGAGUCCGAAUCCCAAACUUCCCCUUAUCAACCCUCCCAAGAUCCUCUCCCUUCUCCAGGUGCACUCGUUUCCCCCAGCUACUCCACCAUCAGCUCCUCCCAGAGCUCGCUGGAUUCCGAACCCAGCGUGACUACACCCACCUGGGAGGGACGCAGUGGUGGAGGAGGAAGCAUUUGUAGUGUCAGUGGGGGAGGAGGCCGAGUGGGCCGGCCUGGCAGGGAGUACGCUGCGCUGUCUGAUGUGCCACGGGCUCGCAGACUGAGUCACCGCGAAGCCUUCCGCUCAGAAAAAAAGCGCCAAGAGCUGAGGGCACGGACCCGGAGUCCUGGCAGAGAGGAGGUGGCUCGGCUGUUUGGCCAGGAGCGCAGGCGUUCUCAAAUCAUUGGCAGAUUCGAGGAGGGUCAUCCUGUAGACGUAAGCAGCUCCAAUGAGCCCUCCGCUAACGCCACGUUAAUCCAGAGACAAGGACGCAGCGAGAGGCGCUAUCUGGCUAGCAACCAUGAGAUGUCACUGGAUGCAGGAAAGGAUCGCUCAGUCCCUGAUGUGUCCAGCUCCACUUGUGCUAAUUUAAGAAGAGCCAAGUCACUGGACCGCAGAGUCACCGAGUCCUCGAUGACUCCAGAUCUGUUGAACUUCAAAAAAGGAUGGAUGACAAAGCUGUAUGAAGAUGGAAUGUGGAAGAAACACUGGUUUGUCCUGACAGAUCAGAGUUUGAGGUACUACAAGGACUCGAUAGCCGAGGAGGCUUUAGAACUGGACGGUGAGGUUGACCUCUCCACAUGUUAUGAUGUCCAAGAGUUCCCUGUCCAGAGGAAUUACGGCUUCCAAAUCCUGUGUAAAGAGGGAGCGUGCACCCUGUCGGCCAUGACCUCUGGAAUCCGUCGCAACUGGAUUCAGGCAAUCAUGAAGAAUGUGCGACCCACUAUUGCUCCAGAUGUCACCCGGAAAAACAUCUCUCUGAAACUGUCCGUUCUGAAGCCCAGAUCUGACGAGAAGACAAAAGCCCACGUGAUGUUGGAGCCGUGUACACAGGCCACCUCUGAGCCAAGCCCCAGUCCUGAGGCCCCCAAGUCUGAUGUCCACCGACAGCCAGCGGGCAACAAUGCCUCUGCCCCUCUGACUGAGCCCCGAAAAAGCCGAGUUCGUGAGCGCAGACGAGAGGGUCGCUCCAAGACUUUCGACUGGUCUGAGUUCAAAAUAGAACGGAGAGAAAAGCCUGUGAAGGACCGAGCGGACACUGUCGACCUCAGCUCAUCCUUCUCAACGACGUCCUCAUAUUGCUCUCCUUCCUCUUCCCCUUCCUCAUUAGCAUCCUCUCCUAGCUCUACCUCCUCCCUCCAAACCUCUUCUGUUUCAGGUGUUCACCCACCUUCUAUGACAGUAGAAGCAGAAAAAGAGAGUGUAAGGAGGGGCGUCCCUCAGCAUAGUACAACCAGUGCAACCCACAUGCCAAAUAGUGUUACUGUUACCAUGACCUCCACGCUAAACACUACACCACCGGUACAGCCAUCGAUACCUGAAUGCCAAGAGCAAGGAAAGAUGGAAGUAGACCAUCCUGCUAGUGAAGAUAAGGACAACAGAACCUCAGGUGUCCGAGAAGAGAUUGAGCAGCGAUGGCAUCAGGUGGAGACGACACCGCUAAGAGACGAGAAGCAAGUGCCGAUCAACACAGCUUCAGGAAACUCUGACAGAUUGCCUGCACAUGAGCUUGCUGCACUGCUCGACAAAGAGUUGGGACAGAAGCAGCAGGAGCUGGACAUACUACAGAAGCAAAACAAUGUUUUAAAAGAGCAGUUGGAAGAUGCUCUAGGGAAGGAACAAAGUGCCAGAGAUGGCUAUAUACUGCAGAAUGCAACACCCCCUUCCUCUUCACCGCACAGAGUGCCGUGGCAUUGCCUACACAAGCUUAGUCAAGAUUUGCAGGGCGAGUUGGAGACCCAAAAGCACAAGCAGGACCUUGCUCAGCAGCAGAUUCGGACACUAAAGAGAAGCUACACAGAAGCCCAGGAUGCUGUAGACCACCAUGAGGCUGGUGUUCAGGCUCUGCAGGCGAAACUAGCAUCUGCAAUGGCAGAAAUCCUGGCCAGUGAACAGGCUGUGGCCAGAAUGCGCAAUGAGCUCAAGCUGGAGCAGGGGCGCUCAAGGGAACAAGAAGAGGAAUAUGGCCGUGGUGAGGCCACCCUCCGAGCCCAGCUAAAGGACAGUGAAGAUAGACUCCGUGAUAUAGAGGCCAGCCUCUUGGAGAGAAACCAGGCCCUCAGGCACCUGGAGCGCCAGCAGGCCCUGCAACGGGACCACAUGAGAGAGAUACAGAGGCUGCAGGAGAGGCUGCAAGAGGUGACUGCUCGGCUAAGUGCAACUGAAGAGGGUCAGGCACUGAAAGAGGAGCGCCUGAGGAGGGAGCAGCAUAGCAUGCAAGAGAGUCACGAGAGUGAAAGGCAGAAUCUGUAUAGAAGAUUAGCCGAGGCUGAAACGGCACAGAAAGAGAUGGAGAACCGACUGUUGGAGGCUGAGCAGCAGGUGGAGGCCCUGUUAAGAGGGAGGCAGGCCUCUGGAGGAAAGGAAUGCAGGGAGGAAAUGCUGAAAGUGCAAGUGGAGCUGGCCCAGAAGACCGACAUGGUAGAGUCACUGAGGGAGAGUAUGCGUAGGCUAGAAGAAGAGAAAGGCCAUCUCACUUGCCGCUGCCAGGAGCUUCUUAACCAGAUUGGAGAAGCAGACCGUGAGGUGAAUAAGCUCCGCAAUCGUCUGGAAACGGAAGAGGCUGAUUACUACACCCUGGAGCACUCGUAUGAGAGGGCUACCCAAGAGUUUCAGAAAAUAAGCCAGUUCCUCAGAGAAAAAGAGGAGGAGAUCCGGCAGACUAAGGAGAUGUACGAGAGGCUAGUGGAACGUAAGGAAGAGGACUUGAAAGAGGCCCUUGUUAAAAUGGCUGCACUUGGCAACAGCUUGGAGGAAACGGAACAGAAGUUGCAAGCGAAGGAGGAGCUUCUUUGUCAAAUGAAUCAAAGUAUCUUAGAUAAGGUUGAGCCCUGUAGUGCUGAAAAAGAUCUGAAAGCCAAGCUUGUGGUUGCAAAGGACCGCAUAGCAGAGCUAGAGCAGCAUCUCAAUGCCCUGCAGCUGGGCUAUGCUGACCUACAUGUAGAAAGGCAGCAAAUCCCAGAACAGAGCAAGAAGUCGAGGCUUAAAACAUCGGCCUCCUUAUCAGCAAACCAAGAACUCUUACUCUCCUUUGACAAUACAGCAAAGACGGAUAACUUCCCAGAUGAUAAGGAGUCGCAAGCUAAGAGACCAAGGAUACGUUUUUCCGGUAUUCAGUGCCAAAAAUACAUAAAUCUAGAGGGCCUAGACACGAGUCACUUGAGCGGUACCUUUGCAGACACGAGACAAAAAGUUAACCAGGAUGUAAAUGAAGACAUCCAUUUAAGUGAGGAAAAAAUGUCCUCUGAUAUCAUCUUAUCUCACAGUAGUGACCCAGAGAAGUUCAUCUCUAUCAUACAUUCCCUAGAGACUAAGCUGCUAGCCACGGAGGAUAAACUAAGAAACCUCACACAGAAUCUAGAAGACCAGCAACCAUCCAUCCAAGCAGAGGACAUUGCAAAGACCGAUCUAAAGACGACCGAAACAAAGCCUAACCCUGAUGAGGAGUUAUGUUGUGAAAGUGGGAUACAGAGUAGUGCUGCCAAUAAGCAUUAUGCCAAGGCACUGGCGUGUGUGGAAAAUAGUCAAGAGAAAGUCAGGGCUAUUCUCAGAGGCUCUCAUGAUACCACUGAUUCACAGCUGCACUCAUUGUCAGAGAUAGAGAACGAUUUGUUCAAUGCAUCACUGUACAUCCGACAAGGACAUAAGAAUUUGGAAGAGCAGUCUCCAGUUGUCCAUCAAAAUCAAACCCCAGAAGUUCUAGAUAAAGAAGCUUUGCACCUCUUCGCCAAAACGUUGUCGUUUGAGGCAGUCGUUUUGAACAAGAUGGCUUUGUUAAUACAGACUUCAAAGUCUGACAUCUUACAAUCUCUUGCUGAGAUAUGGAAAGAGACGGAGAACAUUAAAACGGGUGACAAAGAUUGCUUGGCUAUAGUUUAUGCUGAUGUCUUGACCAGGAAGUUGAUGUUGGAGAGUUCAUUCUUUAAAGAAUUGGAAAAAGCUAAGACCGAUGAUGCUAAAUCCAAAGACGGCAGUGUUUCAGCUGAUGCCGAUGUUGACGCUACAGUUAUCUUUAACACCUUCAUUAAAGCAGAGCUAGCCUACUCUAUUCAGAACCUUAAACUUUGCUACGAAGAGAAAUUCAAAAUACUGAAAAGGGAGUUGACGCAUGCCCAUGAUAACCUGCAUCAAAGGGAAAUGGCUCUGAAAACAAUCAUUGAAGCUUCCAAAAGGCCUGAUUUGAAAAAUGUCAUAAAGGAAGUCAAAAAGGACUUUGGGUUUAGUAAACCGAAAUUAGCAGACAUUCGCCCCCCUGAACUUGCUCCCUACAUGGAGCAGAUUGAAAUGGAGGAGGCUAGAGGCUUGGCUGAGGAAAUUGUAGACAGACACCUGGCUGAAGAAAUGCCCUCUUGUGGUGUCGACUCAGUUGAAUCACUGCAAAAUGCACAUGACUACCUGGCUAAUGAGCUUCAAAGACAAGCAGCAAUCCUCCAUAAUUAUGCUCAAGAGAUAGAAAGUGGUGAAAACCACCCUGGACUGGCUAAAAUGAUCCAUGCUCUUCUGGGCCACCAAACUUCACAUCAUUUCACAAGUACCUCUCUCUGUAUGCGCGAAGCCCUAAUCCAGGCUCAAGUGGCAUAUGUGGCGUGCAGGCUACGGGCCCUGCAUGAACAAGACUUGGGCUGGUGUAAACAGACCGGUCAGAACAUGGACGCUCUCGUCCAGCAGCAUGCCCGCAAUGUCGGUGCAAUCCAAGAGAAAUACGAAGCAUCCCUACAGGAUGAGCGCCAGAACUUCACGCAAGCAGUGUCCACUGUCCAGAAGGAGAAUCAUACAUUAAAGAGUGAGAUCAGCAAACGUGUGAACCAGCUCUCCCAGCAGCAGAAGCAACUGGCUCUCCUGGAAGACCAUUUUAAGAAGGAGACUGAAGAGCUGAAGCAAAGGCACAUGCAAGAGCUAAGCCAAGCAGAGAGAGGCCGCGCCUCAACCGAGCUGGCCGUCAUGGAGACGACAGCCGACAGUCAACGAAAGCUAGAAGUUCUGCUCGUGGACAUGGGCACCAUGGAGGAGCGGCACGAGGGUCAUGUGAGGAAACUGGAGGAGCAAUUUGAACAGAGGAUCUGUGAGCUCGAGCAUAUCCACAAACGGGAGAUUAAAAAGUUAAAUUCCCAGUAUAUGGAAAACAUUCAAUGUAUCCAAAGGCACCAAGAGGACAAAAAGGAUCCUCGGGUUUCCCACUCGUUUCCUUGUGAUGAGGCCGCGACACCAAUGGAAGAGGAGGAGCAGGGGAAGAGGGAGGAUGCACAGACAGUUUCAGAGUUGGACUCCAUGGUGGUUCUGAAGGACCGUGUCCAGGAGCUGGAGGCUCAGAUGAGCACCAUGAGGGACGAGCUGGAGAACAAGCACCUAGAAGGAGACGUGGCCAGCCUGAGAGAGAAAUACCAGAGAGACUUUGAAAGUCUUAAGGCCACGUGUGAACGUGGCUUUACAGCAAUGGAAGACACCCACCAGAAGGUAGUACAUGACCUCCAGAGGCAGCAUCAGAGGGAGAUUUCCAAACUUAUGGAAGAGCGAGAGAGACUAUUGGCUGAGGAGACGGCUGCCACAAUUGCUGCUAUCGAAGCGAUGAAGAAUGCACACAAGGAGGAACUGGAGAAGACCCAUCGGUCCCAACUGAGUGGAUUGAACUCUGACAUUGAUGAACUUCGCUUACAAUACGAGGAGGAGCUGCAGUCCAUCCAGAGAGAACUUGAGGUGCUGUCAGAGCAGUAUUCUCAGAAAUAUCUGGAGAACGCUCACCUGGCCCAGGCACUGGAGGCCGAGCGGCAGGCCCUCAGGCAGUGUCAGAGAGAGAACCAGGAGCUGAACGCUCACAACCAGGAGUUAAAUAACCGACUGACCACAGAGAUCACUCGGAUGCGCUCCUGUUUCAGUGGUGAAACAGCGCUGUCACCACUUACCCAGGGCAAAGAUGUGUAUGAACUGGAGGUGUUGCUUCGAAUUAAGGAGUCAGAGAUCCAGUAUCUUAAACAGGAAAUCCACUCUUUGAAAGAUGAACUGCAGUCUGCGUUAAGGGACAAGAAAUAUGCCACCGAAAAAUAUAAAGACAUCUAUACAGAGCUCAGCAUUGUGAAAGCGAAGGCUGACUGCGACAUCGGCAAACUGAAGGAGAAGCUGCUCAUUGCCACAGAAGCUUUAGGCGAGAGGACUGUUGAUGGAACGGUCACAUCUGGAUACGAUAUCAUGAAAUCAAAAAGUAAUCCAGAUUUCCUGAAAAAGGAACGAUCAACAGGCUCCAAGCAAUCAAGAGGAUUAAGGUCAAAGAGCCUGAAAGAGGGACUAACUGUUCAGGAGCGUAUGAAGCUUUUUGAGGCAAAAGAUUCCAAAAAGAUUUGAAUAUCAGGAAUCUGAUGCGUUUCUUUUUCUCUUUCCUGGCCUUGGGGUUUUUUGGUCAACAGCUGACGACUAUUAUUGGAAAUGGAAAUACAUUUAUCAAGGUCAGUUUUAAACCUGGACCUGCUGCUUCCAUGCCUCUGACAAGUUGACAUAGUUUUGUUUUUUUUAUUAAUUUUUUUUAAGUUUUAUUGAAUCAAUCCUGUAUUAGGUUUCUUUAAAGAAAAAUCAUAUAAUCUGUCCAAAUAGGGAGAUGUGUCAAAUAAGCUGCGAGAGGGAUACAUGACAGCAUUUUUACUGAUCCUCCAAAAUGCCAAAAUAGACAGCAAUACACAGUACGAAUAAUAUAUAUUUCCCUAUACGAAUUAAGUAUCUGCUGUAUUUUAUUAUUGUUACAGUUUCUAUAUCUAAUAAUUUGUAUGUGUUUAAUGUUGCACCAGUUCUGUUGUACAUAACUACUGGAUAUAUGUAAUAGUAUGGUUUGCUAUUGAUUGUUGGGGCAUCUGCUGUACUAUAACUAUGGUUUGAUUGAUAGUGGAAAACAAUGUGAUGCUUAACUUGCUUUUGUAUGAGAGUUUUAUAAAAUGGAGUGUCGUGUGUGUGUGUGUGUGUGUGUGUGUGUGUGUGUGUGUGUG